AUGUCCAUGAACGAGGGUAUUGCGGUCGUUACGAAGGUAGUGUCCACCGGUGUGCGUCGUGCACCGGAACCAGCCACGGUGCUAACGCGCGAAGAUUUCAACGCGGGUCCGAUAAGUUUGGACGAAAUCGAGCCCGGGUUGUGGUUGGGCAAUGCAUCCGCUGCGGCAGAUAUUGGCACGCUGGAGAAACACACCAUCCGGAGCAUCCUGUCGAUCGAUUCCGUGCCGCUGCCAGUGCACAUAACGGAUCAUCCGAAUCUUCGCGUGCGCCACAUACAGGCAGCCGAUGUACCGCGCGAAGACCUGAUACGACACUUCGAGGACAGCAAUCGCUUCAUUGCGGACAGUUUGGCCGAGGGUCGUCACGUGCUGGUGCAUUGUUACUUCGGCGUGAGCCGCAGUGCCACGAUUGUUAUCGCGUACGUCAUGCAAAAGUAUCGGCUCGGUUAUGAGGCCGCAUACCAGCGUGUGAAAGCGAAACGGCGCUUCGUGAUGCCGAAUCCGGGCUUUGUGAAUCAGCUCAAGCUGUACGGCCGCAUGGCGUACCGGAUCGAUCGAACCAACGAACGUUACAAACUAUUUCGUCUGCGCUUAGCCGGUGAUAACGUGCGGAAAGCGAAACGUUUGCCCACGGAGUGCAUGGACGUGGUAAAGGCCGAUCCGGGUGUGACACAGGAAUCACCCGAACCGUACGUUUACCGGUGCCGUAAGUGUCGCCGUGUGGUCGCUUCCCGGAGCAACUUGCUGCUGCACAAACCGAAAUCGGCCACGAUAGCACAAUCGCCGGCCAAGGUGGGACGGGAACCGGAAGCCACACUCGAGGAGGAAAGUGCGAGCGACGAACCCGAGGAUGGAGAUGCAAUUGUGGUCGAGCACGUAAUGCACGGUGCCAUGGCAACGGGAUCAUCGUGUACAGUUGCCCCUGUUGGUGGGAUGAAUGAGCUGGCAGAAAAGGUACGUCGCAGUUCGAUUAGCAGUGAGCAUAGCAACCGAUCGUCCGAAAAGGAUACACCAAUGUGCAACAAAAUUUUCUUCAUCGAGCCGCUUGCUUGGAUGACGGAUAUCUACCGAAACACGCAGGGUCGGCUGUACUGUCCGAAGUGUACGGUGAAGUUGGGCAGUUUUAACUGGGUGAUGGCUACAAAGUGUCCGUGUGGGGCGGAAAUAUUUCCCGCAUUUUAUCUCGUUCCUUCAAAAACGGAAUAUUCGACCGUGGUGCAAAAUGUGCAGGUUACUGUGUAA